UUUUUUUUUUUUUUUUUUUUUUUUUUUUUUUUUUUUUUAAUAAGAAAAAACUAUGGCAUAUUUUGUGCGUUUAAGUGGGAUCGUACUAUCUUCCUUAUUAUAUGAAUGUGCUAAUGCAGAAAGAGAUAUUGAAGGCUUCCUUUUAGGUACACUAUCAUUUAAAACUACUUUAACCAACGAUGAUUCAUCAGAACAUGCAUUUGAAAAACGAGAAGAUUUUAUAAAGAAGCCUUAUGAUAGUAAUGGUAAUGUAGUGAAACAUUUGUUUACUUCACAGCAAAAGGAUGUGUCUUCUGUUGUAGGUUAUUUUAAAUUUAGAAGACAAACGGAUGUUUCAUUAUCUGUACGAGAUCGAUUGUGGAUGAAAUCUUAUGCAUCAAAUAUACCACAUGGCUGUAUUGCCAUCAUUUCUUCAAAUAAUUUUUCUGAUCCUUCAACUCAAACAUUUGAAUUUGCUUUUUGGGAUAUGAAGAAUUCAGAAAAUAAAUUGCCUAUUAACAUUGCAAACAUGAAAGAAAGUACACUUGGUUAUAAAAGUUUCAUCUCAAAUGCACCACACACAAACCAAUUCCUGCCAUCAACAAAAAACAUUUCUGCUGAAAUAAUCGUCAAACAGUAUGAAGACAUGUACCAAACAUCUAUUCAUUCUUUGAAAGAAUAUACAGAUAAAAUUAUAAAAAAGGAGGCAAAAUUACUAGCUUUAAAGAAGGAGAUUUUAGAGCUUGAAGCAAAGAACAAGAAGUAAUUACCAAGAAUUGAUUACAUAUUCUGAUUAAGUGGUGUUUUGAUUAAAAAACAGACAAUAACAAUGAAAAUGCUUAGCAAAAAAAAAAAAAUACUUUGUUAUCUCCGCCGCUUAGAAUUUUUUUUUUAACAAAAUUAAAAAAAAAAAUAACAACCUGUACUUCUGCUUUAACUUUUUUUUUCUA